AAUACUAUAGUAACACCUGCAGACCUGCCAGUACUAAGUAUAAUAUUAAUAAUAUCUGAAAUAAAGCUCCAGCAUGUUAUAAAAGCAGUAGCUGUACACAAACACUCAUCACUGGUAACCUACAGUAAAAGGAUUGUUCAGUAUUAGUUCUAUACAGCAAGUCAAGACAAGAUGGAUUCCUGUUCUUAUUUUAAGCUGAUAGGAUGCUUCAUUCUUAUUAGCAUUGCUACUGCACAAGAAACACAGGAAGCAUCUUGUCACCCUCAUAAUUGUAAGGAGGUAUAUGAACGUGGUAAUGUGAACAGUGGAGUAUAUACAGUGAAACCUGAUGAACUACCAGCCUUUGAGGUCUAUUGUGAUAUGAGUAAUGGAGGUGGAUGGACUGUAUUUCAAAGGAGAGUGGAUGGUAAAAUUGACUUCUUCCUCAACUGGGUUGACUAUGUAAAAGGAUUUGGAGACCUCAAUGGAGAGUUCUGGCUGGGACUUAGUAAAAUAAACCGACUUACUGCAGCACAAAGCAAUAGUCUCCGUGUUGACUUGGAAGAUUUUGAUGGGAAUAAGAAGUAUGCUACUUAUUCUACUUUUAAAGUAGGGAAUGGAGGCACGAGAUACAAACUGACUGUGUCUGGAUAUGGAGGUGAUGCUGGAGAUAGUCUGAGCUAUCAUAAUGGAAUGAAGUUCUCUACUAAAGAUUACCAAAAUGAUGGUACUGCAGGGCCACCAGCAAACUGUGCAGUGAGUUUCGAAGGAGCAUGGUGGUAUAACAACUGUCUACAAUCAAACCUCAAUGCUGUCUAUUCUAUUCGGUCUCCCUCCCCAAGUAGCAUCUUUAUGAUGUGGUAUCCUCACUAUGACCUGAAGAUAUCGGAAAUGAAAUUUAGACCUAGUUAAACAGUUAGUGCCUACUGGAGAGCUAACAGUUCAUUAUUGCUAGUAUAGUUGAGUCUAUUUAUAUUUACUUUUUGCUACAAAUAUUCAAUUGAUUUCAAGUCUA